GCUCUACGGAAAAUCAUUCGAAAAAUUUUAACGAAACGGAGUAGGCACGGGUACGUCCGGAUUUAGCGCGAUUUCGUGUGUGUUUUGUCGCCACUCGAGUGUAAAGAAAUUUCAACACCGCGAAAUAGAGUCGCGAGUGCGGUUUUUGUAAAUACAAAUAAGAAAAGUUGAUAACGCAUCGGAAAUAGUGUCUGGCCAUUAAAUCAUCAUAUUAAUUCCACAUGUGCAUUUAAACAGAAUUUUUCUAGUGUCAAACCUGUUUGAAAAGUUCGAAAAUAUAUAUAGAUUGUAUAUAUAUAAAAAUAUAUAUGGAAAGUGCUGCCGCAAGUUCUAAAAUUUAAGUCAAUAAACAAACUGGAAGUUAUUAGCUGAAACCACAACCUCAACGACCGAAGAAAUCAACGGGGAAAAUGAAGCCAAAGCAGAAGAUUUCCGUAGAGCCGCUUUUGCUCGUCGCCCUGCUCCUCGGAAUUCUGGUGGCCGCCACCCACGCUCAAGAUCAGAAAUCCGUGAAACCAUCGGCGGCAGCGCCUUCUCCAGCGUCCUCUCGCUCCCGGGAUGAAAUCUAUAUCGAUGAUGAUAACAUUGAGGGCUCCGGCGGACGAGGCGGCAUCCACGACGAUCUAGAGAAGGAUCCAGACUAUUCAGGCUCCGGCUUUGGACCCGAUGACGAGGACGCCGAACCCGACCAGCAUUCGCACAGUUCGCACAACACGCGCAUCUCGCAAAGCGGCAGCGCCGGCGGCAUAAACAGUAAGCAUAACUCGAACGAGAACUUCGGCAAGAACAGCAAGAACAGCAACAGCGACCUCAUCUCGAGUAGAUUCAACAACAAUAAUAAUCACAAUCAGAUCGACAACAGCCAGAAUAUCAAUCUCAAUCUCAAUCCCAAUAAUAACCAUCAAACGAAUAGUGGCACAAUCAUUGGUAGUAGCACCACAGCGAACAAUAAUAACCACAAUAUCAACAUCAACAGCCAGAGCGGCAUCAUCAGUGGCAGUGGUAGUGAGAUCGGUGGCCAUAGCACUGGCAUUAAUUCAAUCGCAGCUCAUACACCAACACAAACCUCAUCCACAAUUUCAACAACCUCGAGUUCGACACCAGUGCCCGCGACAACGACAACAACAACCACCGCAUCAACGACAACAACAACAGCAUCCACCACAACAGCAGCAGCAGCAACAACAUCCACAUCGAAAUCGCAAUCCAAUGUUAAUGUUAAUACAACAACAACAACAACGAAUCCACCAACGAUUCCAUCGCCACCAAGUCAACCCAUUUUCCCGCCCUUCGACAAGGAUCUCGAUGUGGAGGAGUCCAGUGGCGAUGGCAUCGAUUCCGAUGACGAGGACGACGAGGACGACGAGGACUAUGACUUCGAUAAAUUCGACAAGGAGAGCGGCAAGGAGAUCGACAUCGAUGGUCCCGAAUCGGAGGCAACACUGCCACCGAAGAUCUCCGAGGAAGAUGUUAUCCAUUAUCCAACGACGGCGCAAGGAAGUCACCCCGAUUUCAACGAGGAAAUCGAUGUGGAUGGCGGCGAUGAGGACGACGUGGUUGUGGAUAGCGAUGAUGUUGUUCCGAGAAUCGGUGGCAACGAUGGAGAUAUUACAGAGCGCGGACCGGGUGCAGGUGGCAGCAACGUCCACGAAUUGGACCCCAAUACGAACGUGAACAGCCAGCCCUCCGACACGAAGGGCAUCGAUCACAGGCCCAACGGCAACGAGGUGGUCAUCAUGAGCGAGGACGAUCGCACGUCGAGCUUCUUCUCGCAGCCCGGAAUCCUGGCUGCUGUUAUUGGCGGUGCCGUCGUUGGCCUGCUCUGCGCCAUACUCGUGGUGAUGUUCAUCGUGUACCGCAUGAGGAAAAAGGACGAGGGCUCCUAUGCGCUGGACGAGCCCAAGCGAUCGCCGGCAAACAAUUCGUAUGCGAAAAACGCGAAUAAUCGCGAGUUUUACGCCUGAGAUAAUGGCACGGCGCGCAGGUAUUAAGUUGACCACAAGUGCAGGAGCAAACGGUGAGGACGAGGGUACGGAUAACUGGACGGAGGCGAAGGAGCGACUGGGUUUGGCAAGGCUCAACUGAAUACACUGUGCGGAGUGGAAAUUGCGCCAUCAUCAGCAAACCACUAAAACAAGGAUAGUUCAUCCGCAGCAAAAGCUACAAAACUAACACAAAAACAAUUGAAAACAUUUUCAAAAACACACAAUUUUUCGUGAGGGGUAAAUAAAACUAAAGUAAAACCAAACAAAAACAAAUUGGCGAAAUAAUAACUCAAACAAAAAACAAAAAAAAUUAAAAACUUACCUGUAAGUUAAGGCAAACAACACACACACACACAGCCAGACAACCGACUUUCUGCGUGUGUGUGCGUGUAUGUAUGCAACUUUUCUAAUUAAGUAAGUUUUAAGCGAGAAAAACAAACAAAAAAUAUCAAAUAUAAUUGCAAAUAAAUCAUGCGAAAUUUAAUAUAUAAAUAAUAUAUUAUAUAUAAAUAGUGAAACCAAUAUAAGGGCGGGCAAAAUUAAGCGAAUUAAUUAUGAAUUACGAGUAUGUAGAGCAAAAGCAGAAGGAGCAGGAGAAAAUUGAAUAAUAAUAACUAUAAUAAUACACACACACACACACGCAUCCAACUACAUAGAUGUAAAAGGCAACUUUCGUGCAUAUUGAAUAUAAAUGUAUGGAUUAUAUAUGUUAGCUGAAUAACGAAAGCGGAUUGGAUACAUCACGAUUAUCUCUCGACUCUCGAUAAACCCCUCUCGAACCACACACUUAACCCUUUAUUUCAACCAUCAUUUGUCAAACGAAGUCCAAUGAAAAUAAUUAUAUUUAUGAAUUGUGCGGCACAUAAAGAACGGAAAUCGAUGCAUAAAUGUUUUUAAGUUAUACAUAAGCAAAACUAUGUAAUUAUUAGUGUAAUUCCUAAAACAAAACAAAAAGAAAACAAAAAAAGCAAAAGCGAAAAAAAAAGAACUAAAUCAAGCAAGAAAACAGAUUUAUGACACUGUGAACCUUCCUGGCCACUAAAAACAAACAGAAUUGAAAUGAAAAGAACUAUUUCUACUUUUUUCUAGAAAACACAAAACCGUGAAUAUUUAUUGAAAUGAAAUUGGAAAAAUGAAACAGAAAUCGAAAUCGAAAAGAAAUGGAAUAUCGUCAACAAGAAAGCAAUUGUACAUUAAUUUUUAGGUUUCCACUUGGGUUUUAGAGUUAUUCGAGAUUUUCUUCGCUUGACUCAACUGCUUCUUCCAUGGCUAAGAAUCAAAAUCGGAUUACGCAUUAAUUAUUGUGCAUUUAUUUAGUUUUUACGUUCGCUGUCAUUGACAAUUGUUUAGUUUUGCAAGCAAAAUACAAAAACGAAUUACGAACGACAAGAACAACAACAAAAACAAAGAAACAAAAAGAACAACAGCCACAGAUUAUAACCACAUGCAAUAGUGAAAAUUAAUUGUUAAGUUUACAAGGCAAAAUCAAUUCGAACGAAAGCAGUCCAGCAACAAAUGUUAUACUCACCCAUAAUACCCACGCCCUCACACAACCAACCAAUUAGCUGCAAUACUUGUUUAAUUGUUAGUCAACCAAUAUUCUCUCUCCAACUCUCAUGCCAUAUUUUCAUUGCGAAAAGAAAGUUAUGAAAAACGAAAAACUAAUAUAUAACAUAUAAGUAUAUAAUUAGCAACAUAAAUCAAUUGUGUGUGUAACUGUGUAUAAUGCAUAAAUAAUGAAUUAAACAUACUACUACUUCGACAGCCGAGCAUAUAACAAAGGGAAAUUUCGAACAUCAUCAGAACAGAACAGAACAGAACAAAACUAUUUUCCCUCCCCGUUUCCGGAAUCCAAAGUUAAACUAACACACGAAAAAACACACACGAUGAAAUCAAACACGAAAAACAUGAACAUCAGCCACAGCAGCAACAGGAACUAAAACAUUUUUCUGACACACAACUUUUUCUACACUGUAAAAAACGCAACCGCAACUUUUUUGAUAUGUACAAGUACUAUAUUUGUUCUACUCUCAUAGUACGAUUUGUCAAAUUUUACAUCAAGUUUUUUUGCUACUUUGUAAGCGUUUAGUUUGUUAGUUUUUUAAAAUGCGCUGAAUGUACUGAGAAAUUGGUUUUGAUUUGCUAAAUAAAACUGGUAUAAAACUAAUUUAAACAACAAA